AUGUUGCCUGGGCCUUCCGUGGAAGUGAGACAAGUGCGACCAGUGCGACCUGCUGCUGUCAGAGACCACCCCAGACCCUGUGGCGCCUUUUUCGAGUCUGGAGCCCAUUCAGCGCUGCUGAAGCUGGCGGGUGCUGCGCCCUUGGUUUACGCUUGCGGAGCGCGGUUGCGAAGGCUUUCUGCCAUCAGCCGCAAAUCUGGUGCAUCAGCAAUUGACAUUGACAGGCUGCAAGCUGUGGAGUAUGAUGAUGGCUGUCGAUAUCGCAUCCUGUUCAAUGAAGUCCUUGGCUCUGGGGCGCAGGGUACCGUGUACCGUGGCCUGACGGAAAAUGGGGAACCGGUGGCUAUCAAGGUAAUUCCAACUUGGCGACUGGUCUUGGAGCCCGGGUGCGAGGUUCAGAAAUUAGCGGAAAUCGAAGCUGAGCUGGAGACGCUGAGAGCUUUGGGGAACCACCCAAAUAUUGCCGGAUUGAUUGCAACUGCCACCAUCAACAGAGUGGACCAGAAUGGCAAAGUUCGACCCCACUAUAAGCUGGUGGUCAUGGAGGUGGUGAAUGGACGCGAACUUGCAGAACACGUGGCCAUAGAGGGUCCCAUGCGAGAGUCGGUUGCCAGAAGCAUCUUUUUGCAGAUCUUGGAUGGGCUGGCGCACAUGCACAAGCGUGGUGUGAUUCACCGAGAUCUUAAACCGGAGAAUAUGAUGGUGACCGGAGACGUCGUUGAUCUCGAGAGUCGCGUCAAGCUCAUUGAUUUUGGAGUGGCCAAGUGUUUGCACCAUGGCCCCUUGGAGACGGUGGUGGGAACUCCGUCCAUCAUGGCACCUGAAAUUGCCAAAGCGAAGCUGGGGAGCACGGACGUGGUACAUGGGGCCUUCAGCUGGGGACAUCAAGGAGAGGCGUCCCUUGUUCAGACCUCUUCCGGGCCAGAGGAGUUCAGCCCGAAGGUGGAUGUCUGGUCAACAGGCGUUUGCCUCUACACCUGCUUGACGGGCAAGCUCCCCUUCAGGACCGAACUCGACAUCAUCCGGUCCGAGUACGACCGGGCUGCUCUACACCAUCUCUCGGAAGAAGCAAAGGAUCUCCUCGCCAACAUGCUGGAGAAGGAUGCUUCCAAGCGGCUGUCGGUUGAAGAGUGCUUGGCCCAUCCCUGGGUGCCUUGCUCGGAAGAAGAUGGUUGCACCAUCGACUGGGACAACCUGCCAGAGGAUGAGUUUGAGUACGAUCCGCUGGGAUCGUUUCCGUGA